UUAUAGGAAAUUUAAAAUGGAUCUUGAUCUCAUUAUGUGGUAUCACCCUUUUUUUAGUCGAUCAGACUGUGAAAGGUUAUUAAAAGACAAACCCAAUGGAUCUUAUUUAGUCAGAGAUAGUGAAUCUAGCGAUGAUAAGGUUUUAUCAAUUAAUUGCAAUAGCAAUGUUCAUCAUUACAAAAUCAAGAAAAAUGAAUCUGGGUUUUAUAUUGAUAGUGAAGUUGGAGUAAGUCGUGUUAUUUUUCCCUCAUACGAUGACUUAAUUCAAUAUUUCAAAGUUCAACGUGAUUAUUUUCCUUACAUUCUCAAAAAUCCUAUACUCAGGAAUUCUCAGUUGGAAAAAAUCGAAGAUAAUGAUUCUGACUAUUCAGAUGAGGAAGAUGAUAGAAACGAUGAAGAACCUCUGAAAUUAUUUUUUAAGCAACAAUUUGAAGUUAUUAAUAAAUCAAGAUCAGAUGAAUCUUUCUAUGAAAUGCUGAAUGACUAUGUAAAUAAAGGUGUAAAUCGAGAUUUUACAAGGUUUGCAUCAGGUUCUUUAAAGCCUACAUUUCUGCAGCAACUUAUAGUGAAAGCAGGAGCUGAUCUUCAAUGUGCUCUGAGUUCAUAUUUACAGAGGCUUCAUCUUAUUCAUGAACUAUUCGAUGUUGGAAGUAAUAAAAAAAAGGACACAGUUGAAGCAUCUAUGAAGGAUAUAAAUGAAGCGUCUAAAGAUUUGGAAUCAAUUUUAAAUACUAUGAGUGAAUGCAAAAAUAGCAUAUUACAACUUGAACAAAAGGCUUGUACAUUCUUUGAAGAACAAAGUGGAUUGUUAAAUAAAGUUUGUGGAAAAACAGAAGUUGAAUAUUUGGAAUUAAAGAACAACAAACAACCUAGUAAAAAGGCUUCUCCAAGUGAUUCAUAUAAAAAGGGUUUGGGGCUUUAUUUUGAGGUUACAAGUGGUACUUUAAAAAAUAAAACAGGAAUUUAUCUGGACAUGAAGACUUGCCAGAUCAAAUUCAGCAAAAGUGUAAAUGAUUUUAAUGAAAAAGAUUCUGUAACAUAUGAUAUGGAGAAAGUUCUUCAAUUAGUAAAAUCAAACAGUUGUAAGACCAAGCUAAGCAUUGUGUUAGAAAAUUCUCCCAUUAGAAAUGUUAUUUUUGAAAACUUCAAGGCUCGAGAAACAUUUUGUCAAGCAGUUCUCCAAAUGAAGAAAUCACAUUCAAAUGUUGCAAAGCUCUCUAUUUUUGUAGGAACUUGGAAUAUGGGAAAUGCUGUUGUUCCACCAAGUAUAACUGAUUGGUUUAACUGUUUUGGUAGUGGGAAAGCACGAAGCUCUGAACUGCCACCUUUGGCUUCUGAUAUUUAUGCUAUUGGAACACAGGAAAGUGUGUAUCAUCAAAAAGAAUGGGUUAAAAGAGUAAUAACUGAUCUUAAUAAUUUAUAUAACAGAGAGUUUAAGUUGGUGAAAUGUGCAUCUUUGUGGGGUAUAUGCAUUGUAAUUGUAGUUAAAUCUGAACUGAUGAAUGUUGUUAGCAAAGUAAAGCACUCGUCAGUAAAAACAGGAAUUGCUAAUGCUUUAGGUAAUAAAGGAGCUGUUGGUGUUUCUUUUUAUGUUGGCCAAACAUCAUUUUGUUUUGUCAAUUGUCAUUUGACUUCCGGAAAUGAGCACGUUUUGAGAAGAAAUCAAAACUAUCACAGCAUCUUGAGGGGUCUGAAUCUUGGUCAGAAAGAUUGUUUUGAUUUGUCUUUAUCAUUUCAUUACUUGUUUUGGUUUGGUGAUUUAAAUUACAGAAUCGAUCUUGAUGUUGCUACUAUAAUCAAAAGCAUAACCACAAAAAAUUGGAAUAAACUUGUGAGUGCCGACCAACUUCUAACAGAAAUUAAGAAAGGAAAUGCCUUUGUGCAUUGUUCAGAAGAGGAGCUGACUUUUUCACCAACUUACAGAUAUGAGAGAGGAAAUCGGAUGGUAUAUAGUUGGACUAAAGUAAAGCGAACAGGAAACAGAACAAAUGUACCAUCAUGGUGUGACAGGGUUUUAUGGAAAUCAUAUCCGGAACUUGACAUACAAAAUACUACCUAUGGUUGCACAGAUGAAAUUUUCACAAGUGAUCAUUCUGCAGUAUUUUCUACAUUUGAUGUUGAUAUGCUAUCACAUUGUCAGAAUAUACAAAAGUCAAACACCAUUAAUACGAAUAAACAAGUUAAAAUGGUUUUUCUUGCUGCUGAAGCAAAAAGGUAAUAUGCAGCAAGAAAAACUCGCUUCUCGAUUUAAAAAAAAAACAGGAGAGUCUUUUUCGCAAUGAAUGUUUAUCAGUUGACUUUAAAACAUUUGCUUAUCCGUGGUGGGCUAAAACUGAUAUACCUGAGUUAAUACCUGUGAUACCAGAUGCAGAUUAUUUACAAGACCAGUUUAUUUUAUUUGCUGUAAAAGGAGAAGAUAGUCAUGAAUCAUAUGGUGAAGGUGUUAUUGCAUUAAAACCACUUCUUGAAAAUAAAAUUCAUGAUUUUGAGUGUCAACUUACUCAUUUUGGAAUUGAAACUGGUGUGUUCAAAUGUAGACUGCAAAUGAAUGCUCCACAAAGUUUUAACGCAAAAGUCAGUAGAACUAAUUCUAGUCCUUAUGCUAUUUUGUCUGUUGAACCAGCUGAAAAUGAAUCUUCAUCAAACAGGGUCAAUCCACCAAGUUCUGAAGACUCAUCGGAUUCUACUUCAUUUCAAGAUAAUUCACCAAGAAAUUCUUUAUAUCUUAAUCCUCCUUUGCAAUCUUCAGUGCAAGGUUCAAUAGUUCCAAGUAUAGUUCGUAAAAAGUCUGAUUCUUCUUCAUUUCAAGAUAAUUCACAAAGAAAUUCUUUAAAUCUUAAUCCUUCUUUGCAAUCUUCAGCGCAAGGUUCAGCGCAACGUUCAGCGCAAGGUUCAACAGUUUCAAACAUAGCUCAUAAAAAGUCUAAAGCCGAUGAUAUAGAAGCAUUGAAAGAAUGGUUGACGAAAUUAAAUUGUCAAUGUUACUAUGAUACCUUGGUAAAGAAUGGUUUUGAUACUCUUGAUUUUUUGCAUCAGGUGACUGAGAAGGACUUAGAAACCAUUAAAAUAACAAACCCAGCUCAUAGAAAACUGAUUGUUGAUAGUGCCAGGGAGUUGCGGCCUAAUUCAUCAACAAUUAAAAAGUUGUUAGAUGUUAUUUUUGAAGUAUUAUAGAAACUUAACUUAAAAUAAAAGUGCUGUCAGUUAAUCUUGUGUUGUAAUGAGUAUGUAGAGUUGUUGCAUCAUUUUGUUGAAAUAAACAUUAAGUAUUACACAAUGUUUAAGUAAAUAUUGCACAAUAAUGCACAAUAAGUUUUGUGGUUAAUUUUUUGAAAAUGCUUUUGAUUGAUUUAUGUUUUUCAUACCUUAAGAGAGUUUAUAUUUAUAUACAAUACUUUAAUAUAAUUCUUUAUUACUAAUUGUUUUUUUUUUGUAAAUACUACUGAACUGGUUGUACAAGUUUUCG